GUUCCGAAACAAAUCCAUGGAAUUAAGUGGAAAUGCCACUGUUCCGUUUAAAUGAAUUCGUCGGUGUUUAGUUGACAGCUGGAAGUACAUACGUACGGGGGACACGAUGAUCAAUGAAAUUGAAUGAAAUUACGAUUGACGCAAGUUCGUUGUAGGAGGCUGUCAAAAGUAUCAAAACGGGUCACAAGGUUUUCGCGGAGGCAGCGAACAUGUCACCUGUCGAGAGAGGAAGUCUGUGAGAUUUUUCAAAGGGACCAACAAAAGAUUAUUGCAAAAAUGGCAGGGUUAAACAAUGUGAUCAAGGCCAUGGAGUUUCUUAAAGGAUUGCAAGAUGAGAACAUUACUAGUCAGGAUAGUGCAAUGAGGAAAAAGGAAGUCAUGGUUAGUUGCGUAGCGAUAGCUGAUGGAAUCUGUUCGCCAAAUAUUAAAACUGCUUCGAGAUUCUCUCACAUACUCGGUGUGUCCAUUCAAACGUUGCUAGCACUGUGCGACGAUCCGGAAUCCGACGUGCGAAUGGUAGCUGAUGAGUGUCUCAAUAGAAUUAUAAGGGCAAUGACCAAUGGCAAUAUUUUGAAAGUACAAGUUGAAUUGUAUAAUGAAAUCAAAAGGAAUGGUCCAGCUCGAUCGUUGAGAGCUGCUCUGUGGCGAUUUGCAAUACUUAGUCAUGCUAUACGACCGAUGAAAGGAAAGACAUACGUGUCUAAUUUAAUUCCCUGCAUUGUGAUUAUCGCAGAGCGUACAGAAGAAUCUGUCAUUAAUACAUUGUCCACUUCUCUUCCUAUGAUUCUAAAAACUCUGGGACCUUUCAUGACUGACAACGACGUUAAGGUGCUGUUGAAAGUAUUUUUUCAAAAUAUACCUUCUAGUCAGGCAGUAUUCCGAAGAGCAGCUGCUAAUAUGAUAUUAACUACGUGUUUGAACUGUAGUAAACCUCAAGUUUUUUUACAUUAUGUAUUGGAGUACCUUAUAGAUACAGUAGUGCCCGUAUCGAAAGAAGAGGAUCACCUGCCAACGGUGACGGGUGUGCUAGGAUGUUUGCGUGUAAUUUUACCUCGGAUAGUAGAACCGACAGAGCCAGGAUCUGGACCCGUGUACAGUGUGGAUAGACUUCUACAGAUUUAUGAGUUGUGCCUAUAUUUUGCAAAGUGGCACUCCGAUCAUAACGUCGUCAACGCGGCUCUAGAGACCCUGGCUCAACUGUUGCAAUCCAGCCAAAGGAGUUUAAUAUCCUGCCUACUAUCGGAAACAGGGAUAACUCAAAGUAGAAUAACAUCCAACGAAAAUGUCAGUCGUCUACCAUUGAGUCGGAUGAGCGUAGCCACCGUCACAUCUGGCCCAAAUUCAAGUUCGACCUUAAACCUAUUCGAGCCCGACAUGUCAGAAAUAGCACCAAAGGUGGAAAGAUGGAUCGCCGACUCGGAAAAUGCGCUCUCCGUGAUCCACCGACCUCCUCGUCAGGAAAACUUUCCCAGCGAAUCCGUCGAGACAGCUGGAAAGCCUAUGGAAAAUUACAGCAAUCUUACGAUAGGUCCCGUCGAAAGCGAAUGCGCCGAGGAGGGUAGCGACGUGGGCAGCGACGUGGAGAGAUUAGAAAAAAUGUCCAACCCGAGCACGUUGAGUCAUUUGUCAAAAGACGAGGAAUAUUCCGACGACGCGGUACUGUCCAUUACGUCGCCUCACAGAACCGCAUUUAGUAGUCCGUUUCCGGAGGUGGACGUGGGUUCGAUUACGGACAUGGAUGUGCCGUUGAAGUACUGCUGCCGUUACUUGGCCUCGUCAUUUCUUCUGACCGGAAGUGCCGGUCAAUGCAUUCCAGACAAGAUGUUCCGAGUAAGCGUCAAGUCGCUCGCCUUGACAUGCAUCGGACACGCCUUAAGGCUUUGUCCGACCUUACUUUCCAUCUCCGUCGCGAAGAACCCGAGCGAGAAUCCUCAGCUAAUGUCCGACAUUCUUUUAUUCGCCGAUCACCCCGAUCCACAAAUAAGAGGAAAUAUCUCAAUAAUAAUUGGCUCGUACUUGUCCGCCGUCUUCACUCAAUAUGGCGGAGUGUACAGAGGUAAAGAUAGCGAAGAGGAACGAGAACCUGUGCCUUUAGAGAAGCUCAUCGAUCUGCUCUUGAAGGGACUCCAAGACGAAUCCUCCGGUACUUGUCGACAAACGCUGAUCGCAUUGAGUACCUGUCUGGUUAAUCUGUUAGAAUCGGUAGACAAUAAGUGUGGUAUUCCUCUUCUAACUGCGCUACCUCAACUCGUGAAGAAUCCGUAUUUUCUUGUUAAAAUCAAAUUAGUAGAGGUGUUAAGUGAGUUACCGUACACCACCAUAGAGUAUAUCACGGGUGGGACGGAGUUCCAAGAGAAUGCAAUCGCUGUCAUGGUGAAGUUGUUGGGUGACCAGGACCAAAGAGUGCGGCAGACGGCCAGUACCUCCAUCGUGAAGAUCAUCCCUGUAUUGUAUUACCGGCAUCCGGAUGAAGAUUCGGUAACGAGAAAGGCGUUCUUGUACACGGAGCAAUAUUUAUCAGCGGUAAUCAGGGAGCCCCUGGAAACUUCCUUUGGCUGUCGAGGUGAACAGAAGUUGUUCAUCAACAGCCUGGUACGGCCCUUUAAAUUAUUGUGCGUCCAAAGUGGCUGCGAUAAUGGCAACGACGACGUCAACGAGAGGAUCGAAGACACCCUGUCGCGAAUGGUGAACGUUCUGGCGGAACAGCUGGCAGUGGUCUCCUCGAAGCAUCUCAUCUACGGAUGCUGCGAAGCGUUGAGUCGUCUCAGCGAAGCAUACCCUACGACGAUGUAUCCGAAAGCGUGGGACUGCUACUUGCCGAAAGCUCCGGUGAAAAAGAUGUACAAGAGAUCCAACAGCCGCAUCGAGGUCAACGAGGCUGGCCUGGCGAACGAGGUCCCCACGACCGUAGGAAAUGGCCUCUUAUCGCUGACGAUUUCUCUGCUAUCGUCCUCUCCGAUUAGUCUGGACCUGUCUACGCACAGGCACUUAAUUCUGCUGUCGGGGAACUUGGCGUCUGGAAUGGCCCUCUGUAAUUUGAAGCUAAGCGAUCCCACCACGAAGAACGACCUGUGCUUCACCAAGUUCUGGACCUACUUCAAGGACAAGCAGACGUCCCAGCAUCUGGAACUGCUGCUGGUCCACGUGGUCCGGUUGCUGAACAUUUUCGUUCACGUCAUCAACGAGAUUCCUUUGGUCCAGUCCAGCAUGAAGUCGGCGUUGCCCUCGUUGACGGCUACCCAGUCGCUGUCGCCUAAGAAGAAGCUCCUACCUGAGCACAAAUCAAAGGAAAAGGAGGAAAGAGCUUCCCAUUCGUUUUUCGGGAAGGAACACAUGGGCUCCUUCUCUAGUGUACCUCAUUACGUUAAAUUGUUCGAUAUCCUGAAGUCGGCCGACUCGAAUUACAAGGUCACCCUGGACUCCGAGGCUAGCGAGAUGUACUUGUCGCUUCUCAAUGCAAGUCUCGAGGUUUUGUGCCAGAUCCUUGAAGUAGCCGCCCUCAACGAAGCCGGUCCUAUUGCUGAAGAGAUUCUGCAUUACUUGCAGACCACUGUGGUCUUGUCACCCACUUAUACCGUACAGGGUGUCCAGCAAUUGUUGAAGUGCCUGUCGGGCACGAACUUGAGUGCCCGAUGGUAUGAAAACGAAUUGCACAAGAGCAUCGACGGGAAGAACGGUCUUCGAGAUGACGUCAAGGGUUUCUAUGAUGGAUGCUUCCAGAGACCGGCGAGGCGAAUGGCUGAGAUCAUCAGGAUCAUGGGGAACAAUUGCAGGGAUGGGAGCGAGUCCGACACCAGAUGGUUCGGGCUGCUGCAUAGGAGAGGAGAGAGGAAGCUAUCGGCCUUCAAGGGCCUAACUCGGUCGACCGCUCAGAAAGCUUCUAUAGCGUCCUUUAUCAGGCUCUUCGAGCCCAUGGUGAUUAAGUCCUUGAAGCAGUACACCAUCACCAGCUGCAUAGAACUGCAGUCCCAGGUGCUGAUGCUGUUGAGUCAGCUGGUCCAGCUGCACAUCAACUACUGCCUCCUGGACUCCGAUCAGAUCUUCAUCGAAUUCGUGAUAAAGCAGUUCGAGUUCAUCGAGAAGGGACAGAUACAGCGAGCCGAAGAGGUUCUGCCGAAGAUAUUCAACUUCCUGGUGCAUCUGUCGUACGAGAAGUAUCAUUCCAAGGUGAUAAUUGGCGUGCCGAAGAUUAUAAAUCUCUGCGAUGGGCUGAUGGCGAGUGGACAGUUGCCAUUGACUCACUGCAUACCCGCGUUGACACCGGUGGUCGAAGACAUCUUCCUAGCUCGCGGGACCAGCACCAACAUCAGCGAGCAGAAGGAGCUGGACACCACCAGAGAAGUGCUGAUGGCGAUGCUGCUCAAACUGGCGGAGUACCAUCAGGUGAUAGAACUGCUGGCCCUCUGUUUAACGGAGUUCCGGUACAGCGGGGAUGGCAACGGUGAGGAAAAGUGGAGGAGGUGGUCGAGGUCGACCACCGACGUCGUUCUGCCGAUGUUGGCCAACGGAGAGGCCAGGAUAGAGUCGAGGGAAGCUCACGUGGCGUUUGUCAAACUCUUCGCCGCCCUCUCGCAGACCGUCUUUAAGCCGGUCGACCCACUUCUGAGGGUCCUAUUCGUGGUCCCACCGACCUUGUACGAGCCUACCCUGAAAAUGGAGCGCUGGAUGGGCAUGGUCAACGUCAUGCUCCUCUCCCUUAUCUCGUACGCCAAGGAAGAAGCCAUGCUUGCCAGACUAUCCGACUUGACCAUGCACAUUCCAGGACUGAUCCACAUGCUCCUGAAUGCCCCAGGCGCAACUAGUUCUCUACAUCUGGCCACGGAUCCGUUAAACGUCCAGAGAACUAGAGACUUCGAGGUAACACCCGAGAAGAUCAUCGCCCAAUUUAUAUUCAGGACGGCUGCAUUGGUCGGCCGGAAAAUCUAUAAUCUUCUUGGGCUGAGAGAGGACGAACGUUUCUCGUCCAACACCGCGUUGUGUACGGAUUCCAAUGACUACUUGAUACACCAAUUCGCGUUCUUCUUGCAAUUAUGCAUCCACAUGUUCGAGUCAGGGAGCCACUGCAAGGUAGCCAAUGCGACGAUGCAGAUGAUACAAGGCUGCAACACUCCUGACGAGAGGAAACUACCGAUGGCCAAUCUCAACGCGCUGAUGUUAAGCGUUUCGAGUACUUGUCCGCUGAUAACGUGUCAGUGGACCUAUCUGAUGACCCUGCUCAGUUAUAACGAGAUGUCGUUCUGGUCUAAGGUUCUAGGAGUUAGGAGCCCGAUGCAUGCCGUGCAUGCUGGCGCGGCGGUUGAUAAGGUUUGUCCGAAAAAUAAGCGCCCUGGUAUUGGUAGUAGUGUAAAUAUCGAUAUCGUUAGGAGAGGCAGCACGAUCCUGUUCUGCGACUACGUUUGCGAGAACCUGGGCGACGCGGAGCCCCUGACUUGGCUCCUGGUGAACCACAUCGAGGAGACCAUAAACCUGGCCACGGAGUCUCCGGUCAGGGAAUUGGUGGCUGCAGCUGUGCACCGGAAUCCAGCUGCAAGUGGACUGCUGGUGCAGGCUAUCGCUGCUAGGUGUCUGCAUCUGUCGAGACCAAGCUUCGUCAAGCGACUGCUGCAAUGCAUGGAGGGAGCACAUCAUUCCCAGAGCGGGGCGUUAAUUCUAGCUCUGGUGCCAAGAAUGUUGGCCUCCAAGCACAUGGCUCUUUCCAGGAUGGUGGCGAAAAUCGCUAGUCGGAGGGUGGAGAUCCUGUUGACCCUGAAGACGGAGGACGCGAAGGAGCAACUGUCCAAGGAGGACCUCAUCAAGACCAUGGAAGCUCUGCAGACCACCAAGUUGGCCAGGAAACAUGGUGGCUUAGUCAGUCUGCUGAACAAGUUGGGAUCUCAGCACUAUGACCUCUCCCCGUUAGAUCUCGAGCACUGCAGGCCCUUCAAUCCCUCCACCAUUAAAAACAUCCAGCUGGACCGCAAAUGGUUUCUGGCGCAAGUCAAACUUCGCUGUUGCCAUCCGAGCGCCAGCUACGGUUCCCUGGAAUCCGCGCAAUUGCUGAAUAAUCUGGAUGCCGAGGCCUGUUCCGACAUCUUGUCCUCCAAGGAGUUCAACAUUAGGAUCCUUAAAGAGUGCAUUAGACUCUCCGUUAGAACCACUGUUGAGACAUGUCAGAAUGUAGAGAUCAACGUAACUGCGGAAGAGGGUGUCGGAUUUAGGGAGAGCCCUUUGUACACGGCUAGUAAGCAGUGCUUACUUCAACAUGUACAAAACAUCAACGAGCUUGUGCCGAAGCCUCAUUAUAUAUUCAGUCCGACUCAUCGGGCCAACGGUAAGGAUGUAAAAUACACAACGAGAUUUUCAGAACUUAUGCAGGACACCCUGUACCGGGAGACGCUCUUCAUGGUCAUCCCAGCGGUGGUGGUGUAUCUCCAGAACCUGAAGAAGCUGUCCAACUACGACUUGUCGGAGAUCGACGAGAUGUACGAAGAGGACCUCGCGAAACUCGCCAUGCUGUGCCUGGAAUCCGCACACUGGAUGGUGCACUGCCAAGAAGUCAAGACCAGGAUGUACAAGCCAAGCGAGCUGCAGCUGUCUCUCGACUGUGCCGAGGAGAUUCUGAAGCACCCAAGGUUGAGUAAAAUAUUCGGCAACGCGGUUCACCAUUCUUGGGUCUGUUCAUCAGCGGCCACGUUGACAAGGAUAGCCAGUCAUUUUCUGAUGGCAAUAAACCCGUUGCCAAUCGUGGACGGUCAUGGUCUAGAGCCAGCAUUGUCAUCGGAGGAGACGAAGACCUAUGCCAACGCGUGUCUGCAGAUGGGAGCCUUGGUAGCCUGGCUGGAGAAGUGCCAGGUCGAAGGCACCCCGAAGAACGUCCCCUUCUUCGUCUUCAGGUCCCUGAAGAGCCUCGUCGUGAGCAUCGGCAGGAUGCCUCUGGUCAACUCUUUCGUAUUGACGCCACCUCAGGUGUGGAAACACGGGUGGAGGGUGGUGGGUUCCGGACCGACCAAGUGUAGCUUCCCGCUCCUAUCCUCGGAGUCCAACUUUCUUCAAGAAAUCGAGAUCUUGGAGCAAUUCGUCUACAGGGUAACGCUGUUAGGCUGGACCUCGAGACUCCAGUUCGAGGAGAUCUGGAUGGCGCUUCUAGGGGUGCUGAACGUCUCACCGAACGACAACAUGCUCGUCGAGGAACUUGCCGUCCUGAAUCAUGUGACCGGUCUGGCAGUGCAGGCUAUCACGGCCCUGUUGACGCAGACUCUGCUUCUGCCGAACCCUGGGAACCCUGGGAACAGUUGCCCCAUGUUCCACUCCAGGGACCCUCAGCUAUCCCUGAACAAGGUCAGCUCGAAGAAGCUGUUCUCCGUCCAGGACACUCUCACCUGGAAGUUCGAGUGCGUGAGCGAGCCAAGGGACCAGGCGCGACCUAGGCUAUACCACAUCUUCGAUAGGGGGAACAUAGAGAGGGUCGCCAAUUUUAACAGAAUCUCUUACGGACAAUUGUCCGUGCCCUACUUGUGGGCAUCCUGUUCUCUGCAUGAAGACAAACUAAGUUCCGGAGUCAUCUCGCUAAGGGACAAAAGGAACCACGCUCUGCUGACUUCCUCCCUGGACCUGGAGUCCUGCCUCAGGUUCCUGUUGGACCUUUUCACCUCCUGGACCCUGCCUCAGGCCAACACCCACCUCCGACUGUUAAACGAGGUCGUCAAAUCCAUUCUCUGCAUCUCCGAGCUCUUCGACGAGAGAGGCCAGUUCCAGUGGAUGCUGGACACCUGCCUGGAGAUUUCCAGGCUCCAUUCCACGGAUAACGUAAUUCUGCAUCAGUAUCUAGUCAUCGCAGUUUGCAAGGCCGCUGCCGUCCUGACCCCCUUGGACGUCGAGACGCUGGAGAAGGUCAAGCGCCUCGUGGACAAUAGCUUGAAAUCCGGCUUCCUGCCGGCCAGGGUGUCCGCUCUUCAUGGGUUCCUGUACCUGUUGCAAAGUGCAGUCCUUGCCGACUGCGAGGAGACCAUGAACAUCGUCCAUCCCCUGGCUAUCGAGUACAUCCAGAAGCAUAUCGACUCCCAAGAUUCGAACGGGGUGCUGAGUCAAAGCGAAGAGCACCAAGGAAUAAUGUGGGCCCUGGUGUUCUUCCUCCUGGAACACGCCGAAGAUGCUCCACCCGAUUCCGAGGCUCCUGCCGUCUUGGAGCUGGUCCUUUCCUUGGUGUCCAGUUCUGGGAUCUCAACGGCUUUGCAUCAGACCCUUCUUCAGGGUCUGGAAAGGCUGGUGGCCACCAGAAGCGUCGUGGGCAAAGUCGCCGAACAAAUCGCCAAGGUGGCGAUCGAUCGUCUCAAACACGUCAGCCCUGUUUUGGCACUUCCUGCCCUUCAGCUUCUCCUGACCUGUAUGUACACCGAGGCUGCGGACAGGUUGAACAGGCCGGAUGUCGAGGAGCCAUUACCGGACGUCGAGCCGGAAGCCCUGGUUCGCUCGAUAGAGAGAACCUCGGCUAUUUUCGACAGGAUUAAAAAAGGAUACCCGAUGGAGGUCGAGAUUCUCUGCACGGUAUUGUCGGAAGUCCUUGCAGACUUCUUCCCCCCGUCGGAAAUCCUGACUAAAGUUAUCGGGGAAUUCCUAUCGCCUCAGCAACCUCAUCCGAGACUCUUAUCCGCGGUGGUCUUCAAGGUGUUCGAGAGGGCGUGUAAAGGCACGCAACUCAGUUUACUUCAGGAUUGGGUCGUCUUCAGCUUACCGAAUUUCAUCCAGAGCUUGCCUGUCGCGAUGUUCACCUGGUGUUUGACCUGUUUCUUUAUCAGCGCGUCCGCUAAUCAGUGGCUGAGGGCUCUCUUCCCCCACGUGCAAUCUCGCAUCGGUAAGUACGAGUACGAAGACAAGAAGAUACUCUGCAUCGCGGCGUCGAAUUUCUAUCGCCAGCUCUCCAGCGAGAGCCAGAAGGUCGCUUUUCGUGAGACUUUCCAAUCGGCAGCCAAGGAACCCGGGACUCCAUUCGGCGACAUUUUAGCGUCCUUCUAAAGUACUACGCCUAGGAAAAAAAAAAAAAGAAUUCAUUGAAUUCAAAGAAUAAUUUAUUUCACUCAAACUCAGAUUGUCCGGAUUCCGCAGAAACGUUGCAUCCAAUUUCAUUUGAGUGAAAUUAUUCUUUGGAUUUACAAAAUGUUUGAUACCGUUGAAAGAAUAUUUUUUUUCUUCUCGGUGUAGGGAAAGGGACGAUCUUUCUUCCUGAGAAAGUAGUGACGAGUCCUAUUGUACAGAGACUGGUCGUUACUUUAGUGCCUAGUGCUGUGUGUAUAUUUGUAUGUAUCUGUAUAGGCAAUUGUAUAUCAGCGUUUGCAACCUUGCCCAGGGAAUAGGGGGAGCGUCGUGUACAAUAAAUAAUGUAUUUUGUAAAUAGAAA